AAGUAGGCGUAGAAAUCUGUGACCCGAAUGUGGCGACCUGGACAAACAAUGUUUCGAGCCCAAUAGUGCGAUACACCAACAACUCUAUGGUGCCGAUUGUCGAAGAAGGUGGUAGUCGGACAAGCCCUCCGGUUAGAGUAUUAUCUUAG